AUGUGGAAUGAUGCUACUAUUGGCCAUACUACGGCUAAGGUCGCCUCUUGUGCACAUGAGUUGGGCAGGUGGGCUGCUGACACAUUUGGUAGUAUACCAAAGAAAAUCCGAGAGGCAGAAGAGAAACUCAAGAUAAUCCAGGUGGGUGCAAUGGAUAAUGUAAGGCUAGCUAAAUGUCGGGAAUCAUCAAAGGAGAUUGACAAUCUUCAUCUACUUGAGGAGUCUUAUUGGCAUGCCAGAGCUAGGAAAAAUGAAUUACGUGAUGGGGAUAAAAAUACUUCUUAUUUUCAUCAUAAAGCUAGUGCGAGAAGAGCAAAGAAUUCGAUAAGGGGCAGUGAGAAUCAGGAUGGGAGAUGGGUUCAAGAUGAACAAAGCAUUAAUAAUGUGAUAACGGACUAUUUUUCCCAGCUAUUCACUUCUGACGGCACAACAGGAUUGCAGGAGGCUUUAGGCGGUAUUAGCCUGGUCAUUACAGCAACAAUGAAUGAAGAAUUGUGUAAAGAGUUGUCUAGGGAGGAGAUUGAAAUGGCCCUGUUUGAUAUGCACCCAAAUAAGGCACCCCGGAUUUAUGGUAUGCAUGCUCUUUUUUACCAGAAAUUUUGGCAUAUAGUUAAAAAUGAUAUUGUGAAUUACGUUAUUAAUUGGUGGCACGGUCUUGUGGACAUUUCGGAAAUGAAUGGCGACUUGGUGGGAGAUGUAAAGCCUCAAAGAGGUAUCCGACAAGGUGAUCCAAUGUCUCCGUACUUAUUUUUAUUGGUUGCUGAUGCUUUUUCUUGUAUGUUGUCAAAAGCAGUGGCUGAUGGUACCAUUCAUGGAGUGAAGAUUUGUAGUGGAGCAUCCUGUAUUUCCCAUUUGCUUUUUGAAGACGACAAUAUCUUAUUUGCCCGCGCCACCGAUACAGAAUGUAGGGAAAUUGCUCGGAUUCUUCAGGUGUACGAAGGUGCUUCAGGCCAGAAAAUUAAUUUACAGAAUUCUGAGGCAGUCUUCAGCAGAAAUGUCCCCGAUGCAAGAAAACAGGCUAUGUGUAACAUAUUGGGUGUCAAGCAAGUGAACAGAUAUGAAAAAUAUAUAGGCAUCCCGACAGUGAUAGGGAAAUCUAAGAAGGCUAUUUUUGCAGGGCUAAAAGAUCGAAUAUGGAAGAAGUUACAAGGAUGGCAAGAGAAAUUGUUGUCACGAGCCGGGAAAGAGAUACUCAUUAAAGCGGUAGCACAAGCAAUCCCAACGUAUUUAAUGGGUAUAUUUAAAAUCCCGGAUGGAUUGUUGGAGGAAAUACAUAGCAUCCUAGCUCGGUUUUGGUGGGGUAACGGAACACAAAAUAAGAUGCACUGGAAACAGUGGGAGGAGUUAUGCUUACCAAAGGCGAAAGGGGGUAUGGGAUUUCGAGAUCUCAGAGUGUUCAAUCAAGCUCUCUUGGCGAAACAGGGAUGGCGCUUGCUUCAUGGAAAACACACUCUGGGGGCCAAGGCGCUGUUGAAGGAGGGGUUGCAAUGGAGAGUGGGAGAUGGGUCGAGCAUCGGGGCUUGGAAGGAUAAUUGGAUAGCCAGUCAUGAGGGUACCAUAACACCUGAACCUCCUCCGAAUGGCCUUCAUGAUGCAGAUCUCUGUGUAGCUACCUUAAUUGAUGAUGAGAACAGGUGCUGGAAGGAAGAAGAAUUGGUGUUACACUUUAGGCAGGAGGAUAUUGAUAGAAUUUCAUCAAUUCCGUUGAUAAAGGAGAGUAGGCUUGAUGAAGCUUUCUGGAGUGUGACGUUGAAUGGGGAGUAUUCUGUGAAGUCAGGUGAAGCGAAUAGGAUAUGGGAUCAUUGUAGCUUCUGGAGGGAUGCCCAGCACCGAAUAGGUGACAGCUUUGUGGAGACCUUUGCUAAUAUGUGUGAGUACUUACCAAGCCAGGAGUUGUGCAUUUUCUCUGCAUUAGCUUGGGCUGCUUGGACAAGCCGAAACAAGAAGCUGUUUGAUGAAACUCCACACGAUCCACAUUAG